CUAACAUCUCUCUCUCUCGUGUUCUAACUUCCUUCCCCGCCCUAACGAUCAGUGGACCUUCACUUUCUUCUCUCCUCUGUUUCUUCCCAACUUUCCUGCAGUUUCUUGCUGUCCAAACAUGCACUCUACCACUUUCAGAACUCUUCCAUCGUCUUCUUUAUUCACUACAUCAUCAAAAUCCACCUACCCAAAACCCACUACAUAUAUUCCAAUAAAACCCAGAAAAGAAAACCAAAGGAAACCACUUUUCUCAUCUCUAAGUCGUAUUCAUAGCUCAGAUUCAAAUAUCAUUUCAUCGAAACCAAAUACUCUUAACCCUAGCUCUUCAACCCCCUGUUUGGAAACCUUAGAAACUCAUGCAUCUACUACCCCAAACGUAGCUGAGAAGGUUCAGUGUCUGGUUUCAGAAUUCAAGUCUCUCUCCGAAUCAAUCGAUCGAGUUAAAAGAUUGCUACUCUAUGCGAGUGUUUUGCCUCCGUUUGAUGAGUCAGCUCGGUUGCAAGAAAACAGAGUAAUGGGUUGUACAACUCAGGUGUGGCUGGAGGUGAAAAUGGACUCUGAUGGGUUGAUGAGGUUUAGAAUUGACAGCGAUUCAGAGAUCACAAAAGGGUUCUGUUCUUGCUUGAUAUGGUUGCUGGAUGGGGCGGCGCCGGAGGAGGUGGUGCGUGUAAAGGCGGAGGAUUUAGAUGAGAUGAAUGUGGGUUUGUAUGGUAGGGCUCGUUCGAGAGUGAAUACUUGGCAUACUGUAUUGAUCAGUAUGCAGAAAAAGACCAAAGCUUUGGUUGAGGAGAGAAAUUACAAGUCUCCCCAGACAUUUCCUACAUUGAUUUUUGCCUCUGAUGGUAUUAGUAGCAAUUUGCUCUCUUUGUUUCUUGUUUACUGUAUUUUGCUUAUACGCCCAUGUACUUUAUCUAACAGCCGUGGGAGAAGAUUAGGAAUCACAAUCAAUCCCCUCGAUUGUACGUGUUCUGAGUUUACGAUUAAUCACAAGUAAAAUUGCCUAUUAUCACGAC